AGAGUAAUGUCGAAAUAGGCCACGCGAAAGAGGAACUCAUCGGCUGUAAAGUGGGGAGGAACGAGAGAAAUAGAAAUAACGAACGAAAAUGAGAGGAACAAGCAAAUAAAUUUAGUUAUUAUUUUAGAAAUGGAUAAAAAGGGAAAAGAGAAAGGAAGGAGAAGAGAACAAAAAGAAAUUAUGCGUGUAUAAGGGUAUGUGCGUGUCUGUCAACGUUUUGUAUGCGCAUGUGUGUGCAAUGAAGAGAGAGAAAUGUAUAGUCAAAAGGCAGGAGGCGGAAGCAGGACUGAAAGAGAAAGAGAUGGCGAACAGGUGGGAGGGCGAGAGAACGCGAAGUACGAAGGGGUGGUAAACGGGGAACGCAGUGACCAUGCGCUCUGCCGGCGGCUGGGGGCUUCUGGAUCUUUUCGAGGAUCAAGAAGAGGACGUCGAAGAAGCACGGGAGACGCAGACGGUGGUGAGCAGAGAGAGCGACGGCUCCAGGCCGGCACGAGCGAGGUGAGAUGCGCCCUUAUCGCCCUUAUCGCUCUCAAUCGUCCGUGCAGUAUCUAUCGGAGUGCCCCGACACUCCUCGCCAACCGGGUCGCAGCCUCGACGGCUAGCAACGAUAGCGGCGAUACAGGACCGGAGAACGCUCGCUCCGGCCGAACCGACCGAUCUCAAACAUCAGAAGAAGGAUAAAAUUUGAGAAUGGGAGGUGGAGACUGGAGCGGUUGGUUGCAACGAUGCCGGCAAUCUCGGAGGCUCGUUCUCGUUAUCGUCGCCAUCGCAUUGCUGCUGGAUAACAUGUUGCUGACGACCGUAGUUCCAAUAAUACCGGAGUUUCUUUACGAUAUCAAACAUCCUAACGCAACAUUAAGUGACCAUCUAGAAGGAGGCGCAUUUCACCAAACUACGGUCGUCACCACCACAUCGCCAACGGCAACAACAACGACAAAAUGCACUUGUGCUCCAAAUACAUCGGCGACAUCCCCAUUGGAAUUUUUACAUGUUACAACUCCUUCUAUGAAUCUAUCGGAAAUUACUGCAGCCAAUCUCACGUUGUCGGACAUGAAGGAAAAGGAGCAGAGACAUCGGGAAUUAUUAGAAGAGACCGUAGCAGUAGGAAUGAUGUUCGCUUCCAAGGCUUUUGUCCAAUUGUUGGCUAACCCCAUAGUUGGGCCGUUGACCCACAAGAUUGGAUACAGCAUACCUAUGUUUACCGGAUUCAUUAUCAUGUUUCUAUCCACGCUGAUUUUUGCUUUCGGUCGAAGCUACGGUAUACUUUUUCUAGCACGAGCUCUGCAGGGUAUCGGUUCAUCAUGUUCUAGCGUUUCCGGUAUGGGUAUGUUGGCGGAGAGAUAUCAGGAUGACAAAGAACGUGGUAACGCGAUGGGUAUCGCGCUGGGCGGAUUGGCCCUUGGCGUUCUUAUCGGCCCUCCAUUCGGCGGAGUAAUGUACGAAUUUGUAGGAAAAUCCGCUCCGUUUUUAAUUCUUUCUGCGUUAGCCCUUGGCGAUGGAUUAUUGCAGCUUUUGAUGCUCCAACCAUCGGUCGUAUAUACAGAAGCAGAACCACCGUCGUUAAAAUCUCUCAUCACUGAUCCCUAUAUUGUUUUAGCAGCUGGCGCGAUAACAUUCGCAAAUAUGGGCAUCGCUAUGCUGGAGCCGAGUCUACCUAUUUGGAUGAUGGAUACGAUGGGUGCAAGUCGUUGGAAACAGGGGGCCACGUUUUUACCUGCGAGUAUCAGUUAUCUGAUCGGAACAAAUCUUUUCGGGCCGCUCGGGCACAAAAUGGGCAGAUGGUUAGCUUCUCUGAUUGGACUCGUCGUUAUCGGUAUCUGCUUGAUGUGUAUUCCUCUAGCGAGAAGUAUCGAUCACUUGAUUGUACCGAAUGCGGGGCUGGGAUUCGCGAUCGGAAUGGUGGACAGUUCGAUGAUGCCCGAACUGGGAUAUCUGGUUGACAUAAGGCAUACCGCUGUUUACGGGAGCGUUUAUGCUAUUGGCGAUGUGGCGUUUUGUCUUGGCUUCGCUAUAGGUCCAGCAUUGAGCGGAACUUUGGUCAAUAGUAUUGGUUUUGAAUGGAUGCUUUUCGGCAUAGCUUUGUUAAAUUUCAUUUACGCCCCUCUUAUGUAUUUCCUAAGGGCGCCACCAACCAAAGAAGAGAAAAAGUCGUUAAUAAUUGGUGAAAAAUCAUCUGUGCGUUAUGUCACCUACCAAAAUGAAGAAGAGGACCAGUAAAAUUAUAAUUUUAAGCGUUCUCUCGAUAUAAUCCGUUAUUUCACUUAGAACGCAUAUUCUUUUUCCCUUUUUUUUUUCAACAUGUACAGAAAAUAGUUGCCUUCAUGUUACGUUAAUUUUUAUGUCUAUCUUAAUUUCUACAAUAAUUUUCAUCGAUUGAAAGACAAUAACAUGUUAUUAUUCUUCUUAAUUUUCGCGUUUUCUAAUUAUUAUUGGAAUAUUCGUAUUUUCUUGUUUUAAUAAAUGAUAGGAAGCUACAAAUACAGCGACAAUAAGCAUAACUGUUGACAUGCACUUGAUAACAUUUGGCAAACUAAUGUGUAAAUGUAAGUAUUAGUAAAGUUUUCCUAAUAGAGACAGUCGACAAUUCUGAAAAAAAAAUGAGACGAAUGAUCUUUCAAGAUAGACUCGGAAAAGUCGCACAACACCACACUUGGUAUCUGUUAAAGUACUAUAAUAUUCUAUACAGGUCGCGCACGUUAUCAACGUCUGAACUCGGGAGAUCUCACAUUCUCGAAUAUUCACGGAUAGAAAUAGCCGUAACGAGGGUGACACGUUGUGAAAUGUCUUUCUGUGUAUUCUGCAUCAUCGAUAUUAUUGUUACACACAUAUUGUAUGUAACAAACAAGUAAUGGUAGUCUAAAGCCUAAAGUAACGCAAAAGUCGUGGAAAAAAAAUAAAAUAAAAAAAGCUCGUUAUACCGUAGCAUGAAAUAGUAAAAAAUAUAUAUAUAUUCGUUGAUAGUAGACGUGUUUCAUGAUAUAUAUAUAUAUAUAUAAAGAGCAGGCACACGAUGCAAAAGUUAUCUUUAAAUGUAAAGGCUUAAAUUCACGAUGCAUAGUUAUAUACAAUGCCAGUUGUAGAGAAAAGAUAAUAAGUGUAUAGAAAAAAGUCGAAGGCAUAAUUCUAUUAAAAAUGAAUCAGAGGAUCAACCGAGGCAGAAUAAUAACGUAAUGGGACGAGAUAAUCGAUAUCGCGUGGUCGGUAUAUCGGUGCUCCUGUAUCCUUCCGGAUAACAAAUUGUACAAUGGAAUUCAGUCCUACGUCGAGAAGAGCCGCCCGAUUUGGUUUCCCUGAAUGGCUGCAGGGAAACCGAUGAUAGGAACGAUCGGGUCUUUAAAGAGUUCUUCGUAAUUGCAAUACGGCCACGAUCAGAUCUUGUAUUUUCGUCGUGAGAACGAUGCGACAUUUUUACGCGAAGUACUCUGGCGCAUACGAUUUACCGAAACUCGCUGAUCUCAUUCGCCAUAGGUAAACGAGAGAGGAUAAAAUGUGAAAGAAAAAGAAAGAAGUAGAAAGAGAAGAGUACGAACUUGUCGCAAAUUCCACCGUUUCUCCAUGAAUUCUUCGAGAUUAAUUUCCGUUUUCCGCCAUUUCUCAAUGCAUGCAAGAAAGAAUGUAUAGAGAAUGUCGUGGAAUUUGUCGGGACAGAGAAUAGUAUCUAAACUUAUAUUAGAAAAAAUAAUGCUGAGAGAGAGAGAGAGAGAGAGAGAGAGAUUGGGUGAAUGAGAGUGAGAAAGAGAGUAGAAUAGAAUAAGAUAGAGUAGAGACGAGGUACGAAGCGUUCGCAGGAUUUGCGAAUUAUAUGAUAAACUUUA